AUGUAUCCAUCUCCUCUCCUCAUCGGCACAGUCCUGCUCCAAGGACUCGUCGCCGCUCAUGGGGACUCUCACAGCUCCAGCGAGAUGGGCCCGGCAGCUUUCAUGUGGCCUGAAGACAGACCAUGGUCGGCCGAUGCAGACAACACGCCUCCUUGCGGAUCUAGCAGCGGUGUAGGAGAGCGGACUGAGUUUCCCUUGACGAACGGGAGACUCGCUCUGGUAACCCAAGACGACACUCGGGCUGUGCAUGUCGGCGUAUCGUAUGACAAUGACCCACAAUCCAUCACCGACUUCGAGAUCUUCUACGGACCGCAAGCAGUCGGCGGUCUAGACAUCGGCCACACAUGCAUCACCGCCCCUGACCCACCCACCAACAUCAGCGCCGGCAGCAACGCCACCUUCAUGUUCUUCUACCUCUCAGAAGACACCAACAGCAAAGAAGCCUUCUACGCCUGCACAGACAUCACAUACGUCGAGACGACUGCCUUCGCGGAGCGCAUCCCGUGCUUCAACGCAACGAGAGAAGAGCCAGGUGUGUCGACCGAUGCAGCGGUGGAUGUGAUCACGACGGCACCUGAUGGAUCUGAUCCGCAUCCGGAUGAGGAUCAUGGUCUGUCCCGCGGCACUAUCGCAGGGGCUGUCGUUGGGUCGGUUUUGGGUGCCCUGGCCAUUGCUGCGCUGGCGUUCUUGUUGUUCCGCCGCAGCAAGAAGUCAAAGGCCGUUCAGCAGCCUGCGAUGGCGCAGACGAAGGAUGUUGAGAGAGCUGAGAGUGAUACUUCAUCUCGUUGA